UCUUCUGAAGCACUCAAAAAGAGUAAAGUUCUCUGCUUUUAGAUUCAGCUACUUUCUCUCUCUCUAGAAAAAUGGCGGGUCGGAUCCAAUCACACCAGCUACCAAAUGGACUCUACGUCUCGGGAAAGCUCGAGCAGCCCAAAGAACCACGGCCACCGACAAUGGCGGCUCGUGCCAUGCCUUACACCGGAGGCGACAUCAAGAAAUCCGGCGAGCUCGGGAGGAUGUUCGACAUCUCCGUCCUCGACCACCCCCAAGGACCUCCUCCGCCGCCUCUCAUCGUCGGCGGUAACAGUAGUGGCGGGAACUCGAGACAGCAGGCGGCGCCGCCACGUGUCUCCGGUUCCUCUUCGAACCCCAACAGUGGAUCCAGACCCAACUCCGGAUCCGUCAAGAAGUCUUCGGGUCCGCUUUCUCAGCUUCAGCCCACCGGUUUGAUAACGUCCGGUUCGCUCGGCGGCUCCGGUCCCGUCGGGUCCGGGUCGAGACGGUCGGGUCAGCUGGAUCGCCAAGUCAGUAACCUGGGGUCGAGCAAGGCGAAGUACGGGUCGUCGGUGACGAGUCUGAGCACGGACCCGGUUCGGGUCGGGUUUAAGGUACCGAAGACGGUUGUCUGGGCGGUGAUGAUUGUGGCAGCGAUGGGGUUGCUCGUGGGGGCGUUUCUGACCGUGGCGGUUAAGAAACCGGUGGUGAUUGCGGCGGUUUUAGCGGCGGUGGUUCCGGCCGUUGUGGUUUUGGUUUGGAACUGCGUUUGGGGAAGGAAAGGGUUGUUGAGUUUCAUAAAGAAGUAUCCAGAUGCUGAGCUUAGAGGCGCCAUUGAUGGACAGUUUGUCAAAGUUACUGGGGUUGUAACAUGUGGAAGCAUUCCUCUGGAGUCUUCGUACCAAAGAACACCGAGAUGCGUCUAUGUUUCCACGGAGUUGUAUGAGUACAAAGGUCUUGGUGGGAGAUCCGCAAAUUCAAAACAUCGAUGCUUUUCUUGGGGCUCUAGACAUGCAGAGAAAUAUGUUUCGGAUUUUUACAUAUCAGAUUUUCAAUCUGGAUUGAGAGCGCUAGUAAAAGCAGGAUAUGGAGCAAAGGUUUCUCCUUUUGUCAAACCGGCGACAGUGGCUGAUGUAACGGCUCAGAACAAAGACUUGUCUCCCAGCUUCCUUAAGUGGCUGUCGGAUCGCAACCUCUCUGCUGAUAACCGUGUCAUGCGUCUCAAAGAAGGAUACAUAAAAGAAGGAAGCACGGUGAGCGUGAUGGGAAUGGUGAGAAGACACGACAACGUUCUGAUGAUAGUCCCUCCUACAGAAGCUGUCUCAAGUGGCUGCCGGUGGUGGCGCUGCCUCCUCCCGACCUACGCAGAUGGUCUAAUCAUCACCUGCGAAGAUAAUCAAAACGCUGAUGUCAUCCCUGUCUGAAACCAAAAUGUGUGUAAUGCUUUCUUUUUGCCCCCAUAUUUGAAUGCUUAAUUAAGAGUUAGGCUCACGAGAACUAAAGGAAUGAGAGCUGGGCCCAUGUUGGUUUAAAAAGGAAACCAGAUGGGCUUUGUCUCUUGCCAUGACCAUAUUAGCUGUUCUUGUUUCCUCUUGGAUGAGGUUUAUGUUUGUCUGCGACUUUGUGUACAUAACGAUCCCAAUUGUAAAUGCUUAAAUAAAUAUUAUGCUCCAUUUACUA